AUGGAAUGGCCUUUGUCUUCCAGGCGGCUGUGCAUCCUGAAGGGCAUCUAUCCCCACGAGCCCAAACACAAGAAGAAGGUGAACAAGGGCUCCACGGCAGCCCGGACUUUCUACCUGAUCAAGGACAUCAAGUUCCUCCUCCAUGAGCCCAUCGUCAACAAGUUCCGGGAAUACAAGGUGUUUGUCCGGAAGCUCCGGAAGGCCUAUGGGAAGAAUGAGUGGAACACCGUGGAGCGUCUGAAGGACAAUAAGCCCAACUACAAGCUUGACCACAUCGUCAAGGAGCGGUACCCCACCUUCAUCGACGCCCUUCGGGACCUGGACGACGCCCUCUCCAUGUGCUUCCUCUUCUCCACGUUCCCCCGGACUGGCAAGUGCCACGUGCAGACCAUUCAGCUGUGCCGCAGGCUCACGGUGGAGUUCCUGCACUACGUCAUCGCCGCCCGGGCCCUGCGCAAGGUCUUCCUGUCCAUCAAAGGCAUUUACUACCAGGCCGAGGUGCUCGGGCAGCCCAUCGUGUGGAUCACGCCCUAUGCCUUCUCCCACGACCACCCGACAGACGUGGACUACAGGGUCAUGGCCACCUUCACCGAGUUCUACACCACCCUGCUGGGCUUCGUCAACUUCCGCCUCUACCAGUCCCUCAACCUGCACUACCCCCCCAAGCUCGAGGGUCAGGCCCACGCAGAGGUGAAGGCCCAUGAGGACAGCUAUGCACUGGACUCUGAGAGCUCCAUGGAGGUGAGAGCGGCUUCCGGAGCACCGGCCCUGCAUCCCCAGGAGGGUGGGCCCUGCAUCCCCCAGGAGGUGGGCCCCGCAUCCCCCAGGAGAGGCGUGGGUGCAGGAGGCUGCAGCGCCAAGUGGACGCCCAGGCAUCUGCAGGGGGCGCUGGUGGGCGGGGAGGGACCAGAAAGGCCCAGCGCUGGCCACGGCGAGUGCCACCUGGCCCGAGCAGUCAGCCUCCCCUCGGAGGGCCCCCAGUCCUGCUCUCCACCACCACAUCCCUGCUCAUCCCCAACAGAAAAGAAGAAAACGAAACUUCUUGAGGAUUUAUUAGACCAGGGCUGUCUUGCCUCCUAG